CAUUUCGUCUUUUGUGCCAAGCAGAAGAGUGGAGUCCGAUUGUACGGCGGCGUCUCUUCCCUCUUCCCCGAGUCCUUUUAAAACUCCCUCCCGAACCUCUCCCCUUUUACCCUUGCCACCCUACCCACCCCCUGAACACGUUUCACGGGACGGUUCGAACAUUGACCCAGUGACCAUAGACUCACUCUGUUGGCCAGGUUAGCGUCUGGAUUCAGCUGCAGCAAUGGACUCAAGUCUGGUUGGAGGAGGACUUAAUGUCACCUUAACCAUCAGGCUACUCAUGCACGGGAAGGAGGUUGGAAGCAUCAUUGGCAAGAAAGGAGAAUCCGUUAAGAAGAUGAGAGAGGAGAGUGGUGCUCGCAUCAAUAUCUCAGAGGGGAACUGUCCAGAGAGGAUCAUAACCCUCGCAGGACCAACCACCUCCAUCUUCAAAGCCUUUUCCAUGAUCAUUGAGAAACUGGAGGAGGACAUCAGCACCUCAAUGACUAACAGUACGGCCACCAGCAAACCACCAGUCACCAUGCGCCUCGUUGUGCCUGCCAGCCAGUGUGGCUCCCUCAUUGGCAAAGGUGGCUGCAAGAUCAAGGAAAUCAGAGAGUCAGCAGGAGCUCAGGUACAAGUAGCAGGGGACAUGUUGCCCAACUCAACAGAGCGUGCCAUCACUGUUGCAGGGACCCCGCAGUCCAUUAUUGAGUGUGUCAAGCAGAUCUGCGUCGUCAUGCUUGAGUCACCACCGAAGGGAGUGACCAUCCCGUACAGACCCAAACCCUCAGGCUCUCCUGUCAUCUUUGCAGGUGGUCAGGCAUAUGCUGUCCAAGGGCAGCAUGCCAUUCCACAGCCUGAUGUAAGUGAAGGGCCUUCUCUCACCAAGCUUCACCAGCUGGCCAUGCAGCAGAGCCCCUUCCCCAUUGCACAUGGCAACCAGGGCUUCCAGGCUGGGAUGGAUGCCUCUGCACAAACCGGCUCUCAUGAGCUGACCAUUCCGAACGAUCUCAUUGGCUGCAUCAUUGGUCGUCAGGGUGCAAAGAUCAAUGAGAUCCGUCAGAUGUCAGGGGCUCAGAUCAAGAUUGCCAACCCUGUGGAGGGCUCAACUGACAGACAGGUCACCAUCACUGGCUCCCAUGCCAGUAUCAGCCUGGCUGAGUAUCUGAUCAAUGCCAGGCUCUCUUCUGAAGCUACUGGACUUGCAGCCAACUGACAUGGAGGCUCUUCAUCAGCACCUAAUAUAACCCCCCCCAACACUUUUUACCAAGAGGUCUCUUAUUGACCUUAAUGCAAAAACCAAGUACUAUAAAACUCACUCUUUUUGCCUCUGCUUUGAUUUAGACACUCACUCAGUUGUAAUUACACUAUCAUCAUGAUAUUGGUAUUUUAUUUAUUUAUUAUGUUUUCAAAAUGCCUUUGCAUAUAGUUUUAAAGACUUCCUUCUGUUGUAGUUUUUCCUCUUAUUUUACUGUAUAUCUGUAUGAUCCUCUUUAUAGGUAAAAAAAAAAUUUUAGAAUCUGAAAAGGCAUAAGUAAUGUUUUUCUUAUGUCAGAUAUUUCUUAGAAAAUGUAAAAAUGAAGAAAAAAUACAGUAACAUUAUAGAUGGCCUGUUCUUUCACUUCCUUUUAAAUAUCUAUUUAUUUUUUAUUUAAUAUACAGCUCCUUGUAAGAGUAGAAAUCAUUGGUAUUUGCCAUCUUCUAUUUGAAGCUGUACUUCCUGAUUGAGACAUUGUGGGUUUAAUGGGUUUCAGUGGGUGUAGAUGAUCUCCAGUUGAAGCUGUAUGCAGGAACAACCUUUAGUCGGAAGGUAAUUUUCCCCUUGUUAAGUGCAGUUUCAAUGGAGAAGUUUAAGCUACAGUAUGGCUACGUUCACUUUACAGGCCUUUAUGUGACUCCGUGUGCGAACGCCAUGGACACCCUAAGCUGCCAUGCAUGUGCAUAGUUAACGGAAAUGUGAGCCGCAUGCAGGAAUAACAGUGUGAUUUGUGUGACAGUCGAUUAGCACAGUUCCCUGAAAGGCUGCUUGCUUUUGAUAUGUUUCUUCCAGUUUUUUCUCCUCCAUAAAUGUUCAACAAAAAUGAAAUGUUCUCAUCUCUCCAUUGACCCUGUUGCUGUCCUCUGUGUUUAUUUUUACCGGCCUGUGAGGGGCCGAGACCGAUGACAGGCGAUAUGCGCACAUACACAAGAGCAAGGCGUAAAAAAAAAAA